GCACCCCUGCCUCAGCGGGUCCACCCGCGCCUGGCCAGCAGGCCCUGCCCACCCAGCCAGAUCAGGGUGGAGACGGAGGGGGUCCAGGGAGCCACAGGACGGGUGAGCAAGGUCUGCGGGGUGGGGUGUCGGGGUGGCCGCGGCACUGGCCCCGACCGGAACUUCCUCUGCAGGCCUGUGCUCUGCAGCACCGUCUGGGCAUAGAGAUGCCCCCGCACUCGGCGAGGGGCCCCCCAUUGGUGUCGGUGGCCCAACCCGCCCCCGCCAGCCCCCAGCCGGACAUGGACAUCGCGGCAGGACGAGGCAGGAAGACGUCCCCUGGCUGGCCCCCGGGACGGGUGGGCCUGGGGUGCGUGUCCCCGGGGGGCUUCCUGUGUCUCCUGUGUGCCGCCUCCUUCCUGCAGGGCCUGACGGUCAAUGGCUUGGUCAACAGUGCAGUCACUUCGCUGGAGCGGCGCUUCCAGCUGCCCGGUGCCCUCAGUGGCCUGAUCGCCAGUGCGUACGACGCGGCCGCCUGCCUCUGCCUCGCCUUUGUCGGCUACUUCGGGGGCCGCGGGCACCGGCCCCGCUGGCUGGGCUGCGGGCUGCUAGUCCUGGGCGCCGGCUCGCUGCUCUUCGCGCUGCCCCACUUCACAUCCGGCCCCUACGAGGCGGCCGGGGACGGCGUGGCCACGUGCCCGGCCAACCAGACGCAGUGCCCAGGUGGCACCCCCCGCCCGCUGGGCCCCCAGAUACUCUUCGUGCUGGGCCAGCUGCUGCACGGGGCGGGGGCCGCGCCCCUCUACACGCUGGGCGUCACCUACUUGGACGAGAACGUCAAGCCCAGCCACGCGCCAGUGUACAUGGCCGCCGUCUACAGCGCAGCCAUCCUUGGCCCCGCCGCAGGCUACCUGGUCGGGGGCGCCCUGCUGAACGUGUACACGGAGCUGGGCCGCAGGACGGCGCUGACCCCCGAGAGCCCGCUCUGGGUGGGUGCCUGGUGGGUCGGCUUCCUGGGCGUGGGCGCUGCCGCCUUCCUCGUGGCCAUCCCCAUCCUCGGAUUCCCACGGCAUCUGCCAGGUUCCAGGAGCCACGUGGACACGAGCACGUCAGAGACCCGAGGACUGAGAGACACUCCCGAGACCACCAGCAGCUCUGACAUCGGCAAGACCCUCAGAGACCUGCCCCUUUCCGUGUGGCUCCUCCUGAGGAACCGCCCGUUCCUGCUGCUGUGUGUGGCCAGUGCCGCCGAGGCCACGCUCAUCGCGGGCGUGUCCACCUUCGGGCCCAAGUUCCUGGAGUCCCAGUUCAGCCUAAGUGCCUCGGAGGCGGCCACCCUGUUUGGGUACCUGGUGGUGCCGGCUGGUGGCGGUGGCACCUUCCUGGGUGGCUUCCUGGCCAGCAGGUCCAAGCUACGGGGCGCCGGCCUGGCCAGACUCUGCCUGCUCUGCACGCUGACCAGUCUGCUGGCCGUGCUCGCCUUCCUGCUGCACUGCCCCGACCCGCCCAUCGCGGGUGUGACGGUCACCUACAGCGGCAGCCCCCUGCCCGACGGCCGCCUGGAGCUCAACGCGUCCUGCAACGCGGCGUGCGACUGCCGGGCCGCGCGCUACAGCCCCGUGUGCGCGCCCCGCGGCCUCACCUUCGUCUCGCCCUGCCACGCGGGCUGCGUGGGGCCCGCCGCGCCCGGCGCCGGGGGCCGGCAGGAGUACCGAGGCUGCGGCUGUGCUGCCGGCCCGACCACCAUGGGGCGAUGCGCCGCCCCCUGCCACGCCAAGGCGCCCCUCCUGCUCGCCCUGUUCGCCGUGAUCUUCUUCACGUUCGUGGGCAGCGUCCCCGCGCUCACGGCCACCCUGCGGUGCGUCCCCGAGCAGCAGAGAUCCUUCGCGCUGGGCAUCCAGUGGGUCGUGGUCAGGACCCUAGGGGCCGUCCCGGGGCCCAUCGCCUUCGGCUGGGCCAUGGAUAGGGCCUGCCUGCUCUGGCGGCCCGGCUGCGGCGGGCGCAGCUCCUGCCUGCUCUACCGGAACGCCGCUCUGAGCCGCUACCUGCUGGCCGCCGGGCUGGCCUACAAGGUCCUUGGCUUCACCCUCUUCGCCACCACCUGUUUCCUGUACAAAGCCCCGCCGGGCCCCUCCUGCAGCCUGGAGCCUGCCCAGCCCAGCCCGUCACCAGCCUCUGACAGCCCCACGGACACCCAGCCCAGAGCCCUGGCUGAUGCCACCCGCAGUGCCCGGGACCUCCACUGCUGACCCACACUGACCUGCGGCAGAGGGAGAGAGCAGGCUGCCCCCCCCCCGUGUCCUCCUCUGGGGCCAACUGGUCCCCACUGUCCACUCGGUGACUCCAGGGGUCAGCCUGAACAGGCUCGGGGAGUCAGGCCUCAGACAAGAGACUCUGGGACACAGACACGUGCCCUGAGGGGGACACAGCUCGCCACCAGCUGGCCUCUGAGGGCUGGCGCUGACCGGCAAGGGGUCAUCUGUCCCCUGGCUGUCCCCUGGCUGACUGGUAGACAGCAGUGAAAGUGCCCUGUCCUCCCUGUGCCCGCCCCCGUCUGCCCUUCCCCGGCAGGGGGCUCACACAGACCCCCGGGGCGGGGGGCGCUUGGAUCCUGCAGGCCCUGUGGGGUCUGACUCAAU